AAGUGAUAUUGAUGACUGCAACGCGAUGCCAUCCCAGAGUUCCUUCCGACAGAACAGCCACUUAGAUGAGAGGAAACAGUCAGGAGACAGUGAGAUUGAGGAGCCGUCUUACGCCAAGCUCAGUGCUAGAAGAACCGCCAUCAUUCCGGGGAAGUUUAUGGAAGAUGAAGGUCAGGAAGUGGAGAGACCAGCCCGGGAAGCUAGCACGUCGCCGAACACGAACCCGGGCACGCGCCGACGCAGCUCCGUUGUCUUCAUCCCGCCUAGCAUGCAGAUCUGUCCAGGAGACCUGUUCGUACCGGCCGCGUACAGCCGCACACUGACGCGAGGCUACACGCUAUCCGGGUCAGCCGCGGGACCAAUGUACCAGCUGCCCGUGCCGCUAGAGUCGCGAGCAACGACGCCAAAGGCAAAAUCAAGCCCGUGGUCCCUCUUAAAGCUGUUUGAGAAGUCUAGUAGAACCAAGGACGAGAUCGGCCUAGAAGGCUUUCUGAACACUCUCAAGCAAGCAGAAUUCCUGGACACGCAACUAGCGCUGUAUAAGGCAUACCAAUGCAGCGGAGUUCUCCUUGGGCAGAGGUAGGAGUCAAGGUACCGACGUCAAAACCGUCAGAGAGGGAUGAACAAGCG